UGCCAACAAUUGGGGGUGCAUGUGUAAAACAACUACAUUUAAGAAUGGUGAACAUUUUGUUACUGUUUGUUACAAAUCAAUAAAUGCAUUUUGUUCUCAUGGGCUCCCAUAGAAGGAAACAUGACAUCUAAUAUGGCAUCACCCAGAGACUUAGACCCGCACCCAUGUAUUGUAGACCUGAUUUUUAUUGUUGUAUGUUAUGAAACUGCCAAUAUUUUUCAACAACUGGGCAUCAUUUCAUUUGUUUUGAACAAAAUGUUGAUGGAUAUUUCCAGAAACGAAUGGUAAAAACUACACAUUGUCUCUUUAAAUUUGUUAUAUUUUUCCUGGCGAUAGGGGGCAGUACAUACCUAAAUCAUUGCAAGCAGUUGGCAUUUUUGUGUUUAAGACCUUACCAACGGAUGGUCAUUAGGGUCAAAAACCCCUGAGUGCUUUGUUCCUAAUAAUAAUAAACCGUGGCUUUUGACCACAUAAGACCACAGCACAUACUCGUCUGUUAACACCAUCUGGUGGCCUAAUUCUGACAUUGCUCAGGAAUGUUCUGACUAAUCUCUUGAUCUCAUUAACUUGAAUCCGUUUCAGAGGAAGAUGAAGUCCUGUUUUGUAAGAUUUUGUAGACUAGUUUGUUUACCAUUGAGCAUCCCUCUUUACGUACUGGAGUUAGUGGGCCUGUUUGGUUUGUACAAACGUAUAUUUCCCAUGCUGGCUUACAACAUUACAUUUUCUUACAAUGACAAAAUGCACGAAGUGAAGAGGGAACUGUUUCGAAACGUGGCGAAGUUUUCCAACUCUGAGGGUGGGCUUCGUUUGUUGGAAGUUGGUUGUGGCAGCGGAGCGAACUUCCAGUUUUACCCUUACGGAUGCACGGUGACCUGCACCGACCCCAAUGCGCACUUUGAGCGGUACCUGCGACUGAGCAUGGACGCUAACAAACACCUGACUUAUGACAAAUUCUUAGUACUCUCCGGAGAAGACAUGCAGGAGGUGGAGGACGAGUGUGUGGAUGUUGUUGUCUGCACACUAGUCCUGUGUUCUGUCAAAAACGUGCCCAAGGUCCUGCAGGAGGUCCGACGCAUCCUCAGAACGGGAGGAGCCUUCUAUUUUUUGGAGCAUGUGGUCUCGGAUUCCUCCAUGUGGACGUACUUCUUCCAGUAUGUGUUUGAGCCCAUUUGGUACUAUCUUGGGGAUGGAUGCAUGGUUACCAGAACAACGUGGAAAGACCUGGAGGCAGCUGGGUUUGCUGAACUUCACUUAAAACACAUAGAAGCUCUAGGCGUUUCUUUAGUGAUAAGGCCGCACAUCGUGGGAUAUUCUAUCAAAUGACUGCUAGGGAAAAGUUGGUUUAUUAA